AUGGUCGUCGACACUUCCUACUAUGACGCUUUAGGCGUCAAACCAGAUGCCUCCGAAUUGGAAAUCAAAAAAGCCUACAGGAAGCUCGCCAUCACCACCCACCCUGAUAAGAACCCCGGCGACGAAACCGCGCACGUCCGCUUUCAAGCCGUCGGCGAAGCCUAUCAAGUCCUAUCGAACAAGGACACCCGCGCCGCGUACGACAAAUAUGGCAAGGAAAAAGCCAUGCCUAGCCAAGGGUUCGAGGAUCCCGCCGAAUUUUUCAGCAUGAUCUUUGGCGGUGAUGCCUUUGUCGACCUAAUCGGCGAAUUGAGCCUCCUGAAAGAUCUUACACAUACCAUGGACAUCACAAUGCAGGCCAUGGAGGAAGAAGAACUUGCGAAAACUGCGGAGGAGAAGCUGAACGUCCACGAAGCAAAAGAAAAAGAGGUAACCACGGCGACCAUGGACGCGAAGGAAACCGAAGCAAAAGCACAUUCCGCACCAGAGGGGACCACCGUACCGCCUCCACCAUAUGUUUCCGGUGAAGAGCCAUCGACGUCCACCGGCAGAUCUUCUGGGACUAGCACCCCGCAGAGAAGAUACGCUGGGCAGCAAGCCAUCAUGGAUCGAUCAGAAGAAGAUGCGCGAAUGGAUGCGGCGGGUUUGACCCAAGAAGAAAAAGACUUGCAGAAGAAGAAAAAGAAAGGCGGCUUGACCAAAGAACAGCGGGAGAAGUUGGAAGCCUACGAACGGGAGAGACGACGCCUCCGAGAAGAACGAGUCGAGACUCUGGCAAAGAAACUGGUCGAUCGUAUCAGCGUGUGGACAGAAACGGAUAAGAGCCCCGAAGUCACCCACGCGUUCCAAGAAAAGAUCAGACUCGAAGUUGAAAAUCUCAAGAUGGAGUCCUUCGGUAUUGAAAUCCUCCACGCUGUCGGACAGACAUACAUCCAAAAAGCCACCUCGUUUCUCAAAUCCCAAAAGUUCCUCGGCAUCUCGGGCUUCUUCUCCCGUCUGAAAGACAAAGGCACCCUUGCCAAAGACACAUGGAACACAAUCUCGUCAGCCAUCGACGCCCAACUAACAAUGGAAGAAAUGGCCAAGCUGGAAGAAAAGGGUGGUGCCGAUUGGACUGAUGAGAAGAAAGCAGAGUACGAAAGAAAAGUCACUGGCAAGAUCCUGGCAGCUGCGUGGAGGGGUUCCAGGUUCGAGAUUCAGGGCGUGUUAAGGGAUGUGUGCGACCGGAUUCUGAACGAUAAGAACGUUCGACUGGAGAAGCGAAUAGAACGAGCACAUGCCCUGGUCCUCUGUGGGACUAUCUACCAAAAGGCUGAACGCGAUCCAGACGAGGAAGGCGACUUUAUGGCCUUUGAACAACUAAUGGCCGAGUCGAUGAAAAAGCAAGAGAAGAAAAAGGAAAAGGAGAAACAAAAAGAAAGCAUCCAUGGUGACCAAUCACACAGACACUUCUUUGGAGGCAACCGAGAGUCCAGCGCCAGUGGUUCACCGAGACAGUCGACAUCGGCGUGA